AUGAAUUUGAGACCUAAAACAAUUGCGUUACCUGCUUUAGGGGAGGCCGCCCCUGCUUCACGUCCAUUUUCAUCAUCUCAAAUACAAAAAUCUGAUGACAUCAACCUUGUCAACUACAAAGAUUGGUUAAGCCCAAAUGAGGUCAUCAAAAUUUUCCGAAAUCUCAAUGACCCAAAUUCAGCUCUAAAUUUACUUAAUCAAAUCUCAAAACGUAAAGAUUACAAACCCAAUGAAGCCAUUUAUAGUGUAGUUGUCAAAAACCUAGCAAUGGCUAAGAAUUUUGAUGCAAUUGAGACCCUUAUGGAAAAGAUCAAAUUUGAAAGAAAGUGUAGACUUUCUGAUGAGUUUUUCCAUAAUGUUAUUAAGAUUUUUGGGCGUUUAGCUGGUAGAAUAAAUAAAGCAAUUGAGACCCUUUUUGAUAUGCCUAAUUAUAAGUGCUGGCCGAGUGUGAGAACUUUCAAUUUUGUCCUGAAUUUGUUAGUGAAUACUAAACAAUUUGAUGUUGUUCACAAGGUGUAUAUUCGUGCUUCUGAUUUGGGUGUUGAGAUUGAUGCUUGUUGUUUGAAUAUUAUCAUUAAAGGACUAUGUCGUUGUGGGGAGCUCGAUGCAAAGGUGUUCGAUGAAUUUCCUAAGCAAAAUUGUCAUCCAUUUUGA